GAAACACCCACAGGGCGCUCCCUGGGCCGGCGCUCCGACACACCCACGGGGGGGAAGGAGGGGAAUACACCCUGAGACCAUAAGGCGGCUGCAUCUCGGUCCUAAGCGCGCUGACGCUCUACUCCCGCGCGGGACCCACUCAGGGGCGCCCCCUUCACUGCCCUCUGUGGCCUCCAGGGCAGGGGCGAGGCCCGGGGAGCAGCGGGGCAGCCAUGGCAGAGUCGGAGGCCGCGGCCGAGGACUUAGACGUCCUCAUCGACGACUUGGACUAUCUCCCGGGCCACUUCCACCUGGAGCUGCAGCUGAACUUUGAGCCGCGCUCCCCGGCCUUGCUCCGCGCCAGGGACCUGAAGCUGCAGCGGGACGGCCUGCGGCACGAGCUGGAGCUGGCGGCCGCCCCGCAGCGCCCCGCGGUGCGCCAUCUCCUGGGCACCUUCGCCUUCUACCUGGAAGAGUUGGACGAGGCCCGCGAGCACUUCCUUGCGGUGGCUCGUGAGGACCCGAGCAACCUCAACGCUUGGGCCAAUCUGGUGCAUGUGUACGGGCGGCUGGGACAGGAGGGAGAGGAGGAGGCGUGCGCCGGGCGGCUGGCCCGCCUCAUGGGCUUGGCGGAGGACGGCGAGGAGGCAGCUGGGGACCCUCAGCUCCACGCCGCGCGCUGCCUGGCGGAGCAGGGCUAUGCGCACGGCUUCGACGUGGGCUGCGCCAGCCCGGAGGAGCGCGAGCGGGUACUGGCGGCCGGCAUCGCGCUCUACGACAAAGCUCUGGGCUACGGGCAGCAGAUCCCAAAGGAGGAGAAAAGGGGCUGGUACUUCACCAUGGCAACGCUCUUCAUCAGGCUGGAUGGUAUCUUGCUGGAGCUGGGCAGCGAGGAACAGAAGAGGCUGCCUGCCUUCAACCGCACGCUGGCCCUGCUCCGGCAGGUUGUCAAGUCCUCGGACCCGCACCACCGAGCUCUGGCCUGGUGCUACCUCGGAAUGCUGCUGGAGAGGAAGGAUACCUUCUCCACCACCCCCAUAGGCGUCCACGACUGCGGGUACUCGGGGACCGACCCCCUGGACUGCUUUGGCAAGGCCAUCGAGAUUGCCAAGGACCAACCCCCCAUCCUGAAUCGCCUGGCCAAAAUCUUCCACUUCCUAGGAAAACAGGAUAUGGCCAUUGGAACCUGCAACAUGGCCCUGGAUGUCCUACGAGAUCCAGAGCUCAACCAGCAGGCGUACUGCACAAGGGCCAAGAUCCACAUCAGAGCCUACCUUCACGACCUGGAACGAGCCAAGAUGGGGCUCGGGGGCAUGCCUGACAGGAGCCACCUGGCCUGUGCCAAGGCUGACCUAGAGGAAGUGGUCAAGGUGUGCCCAGGCCUCAAGACCUACCUGGACAUUGGCCAGGUCUACUACUACAUGGGCGUGGACGCGGUGCAGGAGCUGCUGGCGGUGGACGAGGCGGCGCUGAACCAGGCGCUGGUCUUCCUGGCCAAGGCCGGCGAGUCGGAGCUGGGCGCCACGCUGCCCGAGCUGCAGCUGCUGCGCGGCAAGUGCCUGCGCAUCAAGGGCGAGGAGGCCAACGCGGCGGCCUGCUUCAAGCGCGCGGUGGAGCUGGACGACGCGGGCUCCAGCCACACCGAGGGCUUCGGCUGCCUGCUCGAGGCGCUGCUGGCGCAGUGGAGCCAGGCGCAGCUGAGCGACGGCGAGUUGGGCCGCGAGGUGGACGCGUGGCUGCGCCGCGCCCAAGGCAAGUACCCAGCGGCGCGCCUGCGCCAGGAGCUGCAACGCGUGUGGCGCUGCAACACCGGCGAGGUGCUGGGGCUGGCCCGGGCCUUGGUGACCCAGGGCCGGCCGGCACUAGUGCGCCUGCUCUUCGAGACCAUGGAGCGCGAGGGCGAGGGUGCGAGCACGCCGCGCGGCCGCCGUGCGUUCUCCUUCUGAGGGACCGCGAGGCCCAGUCCUGUCGAGGCCCGGCCUGAGGCCCCGCCUACAGCUGAUUGGCCCCCGUCUGGGCGCUAGACUGUCCCGCCCUGCCGUAGGCCGGCGCUUGGGUCGUGCCGGUCAGAUUCUCUGGUGAAUUGGAAGGGAGACGUUGAAGCACUAGAGCAAUUUGACGCGUCCACGAAGGCAGAAGGACCUGAUUAAGAAAAGCAAGGGAGACUGGGAGUAGACGUGAGAGCCGCUGGGAAACUGCCAACUGAAGGACAGAACUGUACAAUAUAUGCAAAAUAAUUAGGUGGCUGCGAGUAUCUUAAGAGAUCCAGAAGAUAAUUGCCUCCUUUUUGGCGGCUUUCUAGUGUCUGUGCCCAAUCCCUGAACAAUGCUAUAUCCUUAUAAUAAUGGCUCCUUAAGUUAACUGGAGUGGGUGUCAGGUCCUGCAGCCCCCAAAGCCUUGGCUAGAGCAGAAGGCAAAGCUGCGCGGUGAGCAGGUAAAGGGCAGGGCGGUGUUACACACCUGGCUGCUUCAGGCUCUUUAUUACCUGUGUAGUGGUCUUCCAGCAGUCCUCAUCCUUGGUCAGCUUGGUCUGAAAGGCCCCCAAGCGCCCACUGCAAUAAAGCCCAAACUAGAAACUUAGUUUGACUUCCCUGUUCUUGGGGGAUCCUAGGCCCCCCACCCCCAAUCAGGAAGUGCCAUGUGCACCCAAUCUUGAACUUUUUACAAGAGAGUGAAGAAAAUCUUAGAAGUUUACACACUUGGAAUCAGAGUCAAGAAUAUUAGAUGCAGACUUUUAUUAUCAAAGACUUAGGCUCUGAUUGCCAGCAAAUCUUAGAAUGGCCAAGCUGGAUUCUUGUGGCCCUACCUACAAGACCUGAUUUAACCUAAAAUUACAAAUUAAGUUUUUGCCAGACUCCAGGAACACUAGUUGUACAAAGCUGCAAUGGCAAGACCUGCACAAUGGUUUGUGAUACAUUUUGCAUUUUUUUCCCUCUAUUUAAAGAGUUACACUCUUUACUGUUCUCUAGACUUGAUGCUAGGGAUAGGCCAGUCCCCCUGCCUUGCUUUUCACAUCUCCAGUGACAGCUGGAGAGCGGACUGAGAGGUGCGGUCCUUAGAGAACAUGCACUCCAAUGCUCUCUUGCGGAUGGGGAGACUGAGAGCCCUAGAAGGGACAUGGCUUUCCCCAAGUCACGCUGCCUAACCUCCCUACAGGUGUGCCUCAGACUAUCAGUGUUUUUCAGGUUUGGAAAAAUACUAAUAAACUGAUCAACA